AUGGGCAAUAUUUGCUCUUCGGGGCAAAACUCAGCGCGGGGCGAUAUCCCCCGGCCCGGCUCUCGCUGCGGAGCUCUGUGCGCUGUAACCCCCGCGGCUCUGCCCUCCCCCCUCCCCCCUCUCCCCCCCGACGCCGCUGUACCCCCGGACCCCCUCCGCACCUCCCCCUCCUCCGGCUCACGGAGCGAUCGGCACCGCCCGGCCUGGCCCUGCGGCGUGGAAAAGCGCAUCAUCUCGGGAGCCUGCACGGGCGAAGGGAGAGCAACGCACCUCUGCAUCCCGAUUCUGCGUGUCCCUGAGAGCCGCCCUGCCUCUUCAUGGGGCGUCCUGAGCUGCUUCGGUCUGGGAAGGCUGCAGCUUUUGAGCGCGGUUGGUUUCCUCUCUGCCAGGCAUCCUCGGGAGGGCAAAGUGCCCUCGCGGAGUCAUUGGACCAUUUCCAGUGGGGAACAUCCCCGUGGAGCCGCCAGGGAUGAGUUCCUUCAAGGUCUGAGUGCUGCUGAUGAAGACACCUGCUCUGCAAGCCCUGAGCUGAUGUUUUCAAUGGAUCUUGACACUGAAUGGGAGAAAGGGCAUCUCUUGAAAGGCUCGUGCCUCGAGGAGCUCGAUAGAGCUGGAAAGCGAGGAACAGCCGCUCCUGCGGGCAGAUGAGAGCAGCCCUACGAGCCCCGAGC